AUGGGUGAACUCAUCGAGGUGUCCCUCAAUUCAGUAGCGGGUCUGACCUCACCAAAAUGCAUGAAGAUGCCCAGAAAAAUCUUUGACCUGGCCGUGGUAACCUUCAUCGAUCCCGGUGCAACCCACAACUUCAUCUCUUCCCAAAUUGUAAAGGAAUUGGCAUUACCCAUCACUGACACAGAACCUUAUGGAGUCAGAAUGGGAACUGGUGACAAUGAAGAAGGGAGGGGCAUUUGCAAAGGGGUGAUGCUACAACUGCAAGAGCUUGACAUUGUUGAAGAAUUUCUACCGUUGACGCUAGGGAGCUCGGAUGUGAUACUGGGAAUGAAGUGGCUGGAGACAUUGCGAACUACACAGACCAAUUGGAAGUACCAAACUAUGGUAUUCACCGUAGGGGAUCGACAAGUGAGCCUAAAAGGGGACCCCUCACUAGGAAAGUCUUUAGUAUCCCUCAAAGCCAUGGAGAGAACGAUAAGGAAAGAGAAGACCGGAGUGUUGAUUGAGCUCAACAGUACUGAGAAGGAAGAUGAAGCAGCUCGGAUGGUUCCAGAAUUCUUGGAGCCCAUUUUGUCCCAAUUCCAAGGAAUCUUUGACGAACCCACCGAACUGCCACCAAAAAGGCACAUUAAGCAUCAAAUCGCGUUGAAGGAAGGCACCGAUCCCGUGAGUGUGAGACCAUACAGGUACUCUCACUUUGAAAAGGAAGAAAUUGAGAAAAUGAUUCAAGGAAUGCUUAUGGCAGGUGUGAUUCAACCUAGUAGAAGCCCUUAUUCGAGCCUUGUUAUCCUUGUAUAAAAAAAAAAGAUGGGUCUUGGCGUUUUUGUUUUGAUUAUCGGGCUCUCAACCGGGCUACUGUUCCCGACAAGUUCCCCAUUCCGGUUAUUGAUGAGCUCCUUGAUGAGUUGCACGGGUCAAUCAUUUUUAGUAAGUUGGACCUUCAGUCGGGAAAUCAAGAUGAAGACGGAAGAUAUCUAGAAAACUGAAUUCCGAACACAUGACGACCACUAUGAAUUUCGGGUAAUGCCCUUUGGGCUUACUAACGCCCCUGCAACCUUCUAAUCUCUCAUGAAUGAGGUUUUCCGGCCAUUUUUAAACGAAGGAAAAGCAUCAACUCUUUUUGAAUAAAAAAAUGUGAAUUUGGGCAAAGGCGAUUAUCAUACUUGGGUCAUGAGAUUUCGGAAGGAGUGGCAGUUGAGAGUUCGAAGGGGAUUCCUAUGCCUGACAGGGUACUACAGAAAGUUUGUCCAGGGUUAUGCUAGAAUCGCCUCACCAUUGCCUGAUCAAUUAAAAAAAGAUCAGUUUGGGCGGAAUGAAGUAGCAAAAGAAUCCUUCCAGCAGUUGAAGAAAGCUAUGACCACAGUGCCGAUUCUCGCUAUGCCGGAUUUCCAAAAAACCUUUGUGGUUGAAACUGAUGCUUCGGGGCAUGGAUUGGAAGCAGUUCUAACCCAAGACAGUCGACCCAUAGCGUACUACAGUUCCAUAUUGGGGGCAAGGGCAAGGCUCAAAUCCAUUUAUAAGAAGGAACUCAUGGCAAUUGUUAAAGUCAUACUAAAAUAGAGGGCAUACUUGUUAGGCCGGAAGUUCAUUGUACGGACUGAUCAACUCAAUCUCAAGUACAGUACCUGUUAGAACAGCAGGUGGUGGGUAGUGACUACCAGAAAUGGGUCUCCAAACUAAUGGGAUUUGAGUUUGAGAUUCAGUAUAGAAUGGGAGCAAGUAAUCAGGUAGCGGAUGCUCUUUCUCGCAAGGGCUUGGAUGCUGAGAUGCAGAAUAUGGAGGUUGGGUGUUGGAAACAUUGGAACAAACUCAGGGAGGAGAUGGCAUUCAUAAGUCGAGUGAAGAAGGAGCUGGAAGUCGACUGCAAUUCACAUCGGGAAUUUAGCCUGUACCAGGGAAAUCUUUAUUACAAGAACAGGUUGAUCGAGACAAGAUCUUUGUCAGUCAUUUUUGGAUGGAACUAUUCAGGUUCCAUGGAAUUUCCCUCAAGAAAAGCACAGCAUACCACCCGCAAUCGGAUGGCUAAAAGGAAUUGUCAUGUGUAUGGUUGAAAGGAAAUGGAAAUGAUUUCAAUUCCAUUCAUGUUUUGUUUUGUGUUUGGUUUGCAUGUCUAUCAAAAGAAUUGAAGUGAAAAUGAUGUUAAAUGACCAAAACACCCUUUAGUGA